ACCAAUUGUGUUUUUUUCCUCUGUGAAACAAAAAAACAACAACCCAAGGAUCGCAAAUCGCAAAACAUAACAAAAUUGUUUACAAUGUGGUAGAGAGCAAACAAAUUUUUAAAUUAAACAUGUUUUUAUAUGUUAAAAUUUAUUAUGGACCAUGUGAAGAUUUUUACACACUAUCACAUAAACCCCAAAAAUUAUUGGGUUUAAGAGAUCAGCUCCUUAAACUUGGCUAUCGUGUUGACUUGGUACCAGUGGAGUUCAGGAACUACUGCGUCUUGGAGAUGUGUGGCUAUGAGAUAUUCCGCUGCAACAUCUCCAACCUGUCGUUCAACACGUCCUGCGCGCCGGACCCGGUGUGCGCCCGCGCAGUCGCCGCCGUGGAGAGCGCCUCGCUCCGGCUGCAGCGUGCCAACACUUACUUGUGGCUACGGGACUAUCUAGCUGAGGAGAUCUUCUUACGAAACCAACUCGGGCCCAAAGCGCACUGGCUCCCCAAAGUGGAACCCUCAACCAAGCCAGCAUCCGUCCAAGAUUGCAUCAAGUGCUGCAGGAUAUUAACUUCUAAAAACAAAUGCAAUUAACUCUAAAAUUUAGCGUCAAAUCCUGAAAUAAAGUCCAACGGUGAGCUUUAAUAAAACAAGUAUUAUUUUUAGUCAUUAUAUUGAAGUUACAAGGCUCAAGAAUUCAGUCCGGAGACUAAUUAUAAUUAUUUACUUGUCUUGUUUCAGUCGCAAUAUAAUAAUAAGUUUGUUUGCUGUGGACUCGCUGUAUUGUAACUAUUUUAAGGCAUUGUCGUAAUAUAAUAACCCUCCUUACGGGCAGUUGGGUAACAACUAAACAUGGUGCUAAACGAAGGUACAGCCUUAGUUCUCCUGUGAAUCCUCACCAAAUCUAAAGCUGUUUAACAGAAUACAAUUUUCGUUUCUCUAUGAAU